UAAUUUGAUUGGUUCGUCCAAUGUGUCCUACGCUAAAGAAGGAUUUUUGCGUCAGCAGAUCGGCAAGUUUGAUACUCAAACUUAACAUUAUUGUGCAACUCUCACCCAUUUUUUUGUCUCUUUCUUUUCUAGUUGUCAACUUACUCAUUAACUUCAUACGUUCUUUCCGUUUCUGUUCACCUUUAAUAACUAUCUUUUUAACAUCGCAGUGUUCUAGAGACAGUUCAAUCAAAUUUAAACUUCUAAAUCGUUGCAACAUUAUUAAGUGGUUUUGUACUUUAACAUCUCAACCUAUUCCCAUUCGGUUCAAAAAAAAAUAUUUAGUUAUUUAUUUGGUUAUGACAAAUUUUUGAUAGAAGUAUGCCAGAAUUGACAACUUCUGUCCAAAUCGUAAAUUCGACUUCUGCACUUAAGGAAGUAAACAAAAAAACUAUGGAUACACCUGUAGGAAUUCUACGUAACGGUAACGUUAAUAGCGCACAACAGAGUAAGACAGUUACUACUGUUACUACAACAAUUACCCCAUUCUCUGAUACUUCUGAUUCGGAACAGGAAGGUAUUAACCAAGCCGAAUAUGGUCAAGAAUAUGAAACUGAACCUGAAGGUGGUGUGAACCCUGAAGAGGCCAGAGAAACACUACAACAUGAACAUUUAAUAAAAUCCGGAUAUCUUAGUAAAAAACAAGAAAGACGAAAAAAUUGGAAACGUAGAUGGUUUGUGCUAAGAUCAACCAAAUUAGCAUAUUAUAAGAGUGAUAAGGAAUAUGAACUUCUUAAAAUCUUGGAUAUGAAUGAUAUUCAUGCUGUAGCUGAAGUUAAACUUAAGAAUAAACAAAAUGUAUUUGGUAUCGUUACGCAUAAACGUACAUAUUACGUUCAGGCUGCGAGUAAAAAAGAACUUGAUGAAUGGGUGGAAGCGAUAAAUAAUGUCAAGAAAGUUGUGCAAGAAAGAGAGUUCUUAGAUGAUGAUGAUACGGGAAGUCAGGCAGAUAGUGAAGAUAUGUCAGGAAUAAAAGGAAAAUCUUCUACAGUAAAACGAAUCGCCAAUAAAUCACCUUUGUCCGAAUCGAUUCCAGCCAUGGAUAGUUCUCUCUCAACGUCUCCAGAAAAAGGGACAGCUGCUAUUGAUAUCCCAAAAUCAUCAUCUGAAUAUAACGUAGAAGGAGAUAAUUCUUUAGCGUCAUCAUCAUACACGUCAAUUCCAAAUAAUGCUUCCCCUCCUUCAAGUCCAAUUACAGGACAAUUUGCAUCAGAAAGAAAAGACAGUAGUCCUACGGCUAGCUCUGAAGAGGAAGAGGAAGAUGAUGAUGAUGAGAUUGAUGAAGGGAUGGAUGAUGGCACAAUUCACAAAGGACUUGUAUACAAAUUGGAUAGAUAUAAGAAAAUUUGGAAGAAAAGGUGGUUUGUGCUGAAGAAUGAUCAACUUUUAUAUUACAAGAAUUAUAAGAACAAGAAUCCUAAACCUCAUUUGAAAAUCAAUCUUGCGGAUAUUCUUGAUGUUAUUGAAACAGAUCCAAUUUCUAAAUCCAAACAAAAUUGUUUCAAAGUUAUCACACCAAAGCGUACAUAUAUCUGUUGUGUUGAUGGCGAAGAAUCUCAGGUUGCAUGGUUAGCAGCCCUUAAAGUAGCUCUGGAAAAAACAAAAAAAAAUUGAAUUGCGCGAAGUAUAAAACUUCAUGAGUGUUAGAAACGAGUAUCCUUGUGGGAACUCAUUUUUUCCUUGGUUAAGUAUUGUAAAUUGUGGAUUUACUUUUGAAAGGAAAUAUAUAUUGUUCCUUUUAUUAAUUAUGUGGAUAAUUUUUUUUCUUUUCUUUUAAAUUUAUUCGGAUAAUAUAAAAUUUAUAAUAUUUGUUGGGACACAUAAUAUUUUGUCUUUGUAAUGAUUUAUAUUAAAUUUCCUUAAUAAUUUCCCCGUAAUCGUUUUACCUUUUAUAAUUUAUUCGGUUUUUACUUUUUUUACCUCUAAUUCUGCAAAUAGACUUAAAAAAACUAAUGACUC